GAAGCAAGAGCUUUUGCAGAAGAAGAGGUUGGACUUUCGCACACUUAGUUUGAAACAAACACACACACACGCACACACACACACACACCCACACCCAUCCAUAGAUACCGUAGCUCCUCCCCCUUAGGCAAGCUGUCGUCCUGGAGCAUUGAGUGGAGUCCCGCGCAGAGCUCUGUGAUGUGUGUGCGAGUCCCAGCCUAUGUGUGUGUGUGUGUGUGUGUAGGUGAGUGUGAACGAGGAGAGGGUCAGGUGGAGGAGAGAAGAGGAGAAGGGGGGUGGGUGGGGGUCCGCCGGAGCUGAUGGUGGACUACCCUGACCGGUGAGGAAGAGGAGCGAUGAAGAAGUACGGGGGCAACAUUCCGGUCAUCUACGUCACCGAGACGGACCGCGGGCUCUUCGAUGGCGCUAACAGCCUGGGCCUGCCGGCGGGGCUGCGGCGCGGCGGCUCAGAGUCCAACCUGGACGUGGUGGACAGCGGCGGCGAGGGGGGCGUCGGCCUGGACUUCACCAAGGGCGCGCUGGCCCUCGACGGGCUGCAGCAGAAGAUCCUCAAGGUGACGGAGCAGAUCAAGGUGGAGCAGACCGCACGCGACCAGAACGUGGCGGAGUACCUGAAGCUGGUCAACAACGCUGACAAGCAGCAGGUCGGCCGCAUCCGCCAGGUGUUCGAGAAGAAGAACCAGAAGUCUGCGCACGCCGUCGCGCGGCUACAGCGCAAGCUCGAGCAGUACCACCGCCGCGUGAAGGACGGCGAGGGCGGUGGCGCUAAGACGGGCCCCCGGGAGCCCGCCCCCCCCGGUAGCGCUAACGGUAGCGGUAGCGGCGGGAGUAGCGGCGGCGGCGGCGGCGGCGGUGGCGGCGCUAGCCAGAAGGAGUCCGGCGGGGGGAGCCGCAGCAAGGAGGGCAGCCUGCGGGACGUGAGCUCCACGGGGCGCCACCACCCCCCCCAGCACCACCCGGCGCUGGACAAGGUGAAGACCAUCGGGCCGGGGGUGUCGCUGUCGCCGCCCUUCUUCUUCAACAAGUCGCGGGAGAUCGCCAACCUGAUCCGCAACAAGUUCGGCAGCGCCGACAACAUCGCCCACCUCAAGAGCUCCAUGGAGACGGGGGCGGGGCUACAGGCGGCGGGCGGUGCGGCGCGCACGCUCAGCGGCAGCGCCAACACGGUGGCGUCCCGGGCGCCCAAGUACACCAGCGACGACGAGUGCUGCUCCACGGGGACCUCGGCGUCGGCCGACUCCAACGGCAACCGCGGCUCGGGGGCGGGGUCGGCGGGGAGGGCGGAGUCCCAGGGGGCGCGGCUGGGCGAGGUGCUGGAGGUGGUGCGGGAGAUCCGCGAGGCGCAGGCCCAGCUGGCGGAGGACAUGGAGGCCAUGAAGAGCCAGUUCAAGCAGGACUACGGAUACUUCACCCGCACCAUCCAGGAGGAGAGAUACCGGUAUGAGCGGCUCGAGGACCAGCUGAACGACCUCACAGAGCUCCACCAGCACGAGACCAUCAACCUGAAGCAGGAGCUGGCCGCCAUCGAGGAGAAGGUGGCCUACCAGGCCUACGAAAGGGCCCGCGAUAUCCAGGAGGCGCUGGAGUCGUGCCAGACGCGCGUGUCCAAGCUGGAGCUGCAGCAGCAGCAGCAGCAGCAGUCCACCGCCCAGCCGGAGAGCGCCGACGCCAAGGUGCUCCUCGGCAAGUGCAUCAACAUCAUGCUGGCCAUCGCCACGGUGAUCCUGGUGUGCGUCUCCACCGCCGCCAAGUUUGCCGCGCCCCUGCUGCGCAGCCGGCUCCACCUGGGACUCACCUGCACCGCGCUGUCUCUGCUGGCGCUGGUGUGGCGGCACUGGGACAACCUGCAGGGGGCGCUGGAGCGCACGCUGCUGCCGCCGCCGCGCUGACUCGUGUGUGCGUGUGCAUGUGUGUGUUUGUGUGUCGGGACGGACCCCGCACACAGACAUGCGCACGCAGACCUUUGAACUAUAAACACACACACACACUCACUUGUCUUUGUGGGGACACAGGAUUACCUGGCAGCCACACACUUAAGGGACGUCACUUUAGAAACACUACAGAUUUUGGGGACACUGCUUUCGGGCACAUUGUGAUUUUGUUUUAUUGCGUUCCUAUUUCGAGGUUGUUGUGUAACCGUGAAUCACCCCGGAGGUAAGCACCCGGAAAGUGUUAAAUUAUUUCCAAAGUGAAACUAAAGGUUCUCUUUCUAAUGAGCUGUUUUUUCCGUGUUCUUUUAUGUCCCCAAUAAGGAAAGUGUGUUUGCGCAGGAGAACGGGAACAAAUCAAUGCAACGUCUACACCUCAUAGUGAUCUGUGACCCGGGGGGGGGGGGGGGGGGGGGGGGGGGGGGGGGAGGGAGGGAGAGAAGAGGAAGAGUUAUGUAUUGUAGCCUUACAUCAACCUGCUUCCCCUAUAGCCCUAAUGAACAGACAUUAUAGGGAAGCGGUUGUGCUCGGUUAUUUUCUAAUUUAAGAGAGUACUGCUUCAGACGCACAUUGCGAAAAUAAAUCGCCGGUCUGCAACAUCAAUUCCGUUCCCUUUCCUAGAAAUCUUGCACCGUUGACGUCAUCGGACCAGUGGUCAGAGAUUUGCGUUCUCCGUCAGUCAUUCCUGACCAUCCCUCGAAGGAGUUAUCCCCCCUACUCUGCGUUCCUCCUCAGGAUUUCUUCCUUGCUGAUUAAGGGCGUUUUCUCUUGCCCUCUUUGGGAGCUAAGGUCAGCGGGUGUCUUAAAUAUUUGGCCGCUUAAGCCCUUUGAGACUGUAAUGGUGAUUAGGGCUAUACAAGUAAAAAGUUUAAUUUAAUUUAAUUCAAUUUAAUGCUCAAAAUAGGAGAAAAGACGUCGAUAGUCCAACCUUUCCCCAAAUGUUCUUGCUCUUCUAAAUUAGAUAAAGCUGAUUGGAACGGCUUUCAAUUAUCAUGAUACGCAAACUUUGUUGUUUUGGGGAGAUGUUGGGGAUGGAGUCAGAAGCCCCCAGGUGGAUCAGAGGCGAAGCAUGAUGUGAUAUCUGUCUGUACGUGUCUAAAAAGCGGUGUUGACACCACUAAGACCUACAGCUGCUCGACAAGUGUAUUCAAGCCUAUGACAUGCAUCUCAAGUAUGUUUGGAGCAAAACUCUGGGAGGGUGUUUCUGUUUCCGAAAACGCCCCAAAACCCUGCCCUCAAGUUUUAGAAACACUAUAUUUAAGAGGGGGUGUUUAUACAUCUAAUUACAUCAUGAAUCUCACUACAACGUUGAUGAAUGCAUAACUAGUUCUAUGUAUUUCAUGUACGCAUCGGUUGAAUUUCACACGAUUCUCUCUCAAUAACCAAAAAAUGACAUCGGCACACAUCUUUGGAACGGAAAUCUGAAAAUAAUGUAUUUUUAAGGGAAUAAGGUGAAUAUCUUUUGUAGCCCCAAAACUGUGGAAUUACAUACCAGCCGGAUGGGAUUUGAAGACAAGGACACAUCUUUCCAAUUUCUAAAUGGAUAUUAUUGUGUGUGGUGCUCUGUUUUUAUCUGUUUGUCUGCCUGCUUGUUGUGAGUCAAUAUAUAUGGAAAAGUGUGGGGAAUGUUUCAAUCCACUGGCUUUGGUUUGUGUGAAUCGUUGUGUCGUGCUGGAGACCCUUUUCGUUUGGUUUGGGUGUCGUCAAAGUGUGCUCUCUCUCGCUCCACGACUCUAGUGGGCAUCUGGUGUCCAGUUUGUCUCUUGACCUCCCUCUAUCUCUGUUUCUGGGUGGGAUGGGGAAUCUGCAAAAUGUAUUUUGGGUGCUCAAUAAAAAUCGAAUUAGCUCGGGAAGUGAGCGGGAACGUUUUUCUACAGAAGGGGCAGUGACCGUAAAAUAACUGCCGGAAGUGAAUUGCCUUUUUUAUUUCUUUCAUUUUCAUUUUUUGUAUUUACUUUCAGUCUCACUAUUUUUCUGCCAUUCUUCCUCCUUUCAUGAUUUUUUUUUUUUAUAGAAAAUCUUUUGUGGGAAAGCCUUUUGUCCGAGCAGACGAAGCAGAAUGACUCCUGCAACCCCCCCCCCCCCCCGCCCCCCCCCCGCCCCACACCCCCCGACUUUCAUCCGCCAAAACACCUCUUGCAUCAUUCUUUCAUCAUGUGUUUCCAGUUGGAUUGUUAUUGGUUUUGGGGAUUAAUCAAUCACUGAAAACACAUUGUCUUUGCAAUUCUGUGCUCCAAACGGCUUAUCUCUGUCUUUCUGUUCAUAUCUAUCUAUCUCUUUUAAGUUCUAUACUUUUAAUUCCGAUGCUUGUCUCUGGGAAUGUCCUAUCUGUUUGUUGUUGCAUCGUUUGCAACUGUGGUUCUCCCUCUUUUUCAAAUUACUAAAUAAAUCCUUGUUUUCUAAAGAAGAUGCUCAUUCA